UGUUUUAACAUAUUUAACGUUGAAAAAAUAUGCAUGUCUGUUGUAAGGAAGGGGAAUUUAUUCUGGUUAAACGGUCGCCGGAGCUCGCGCAUGGUUUCCUGGGAUAUGUAGUCCGUUUUGUGUAUCAGGAGGGACAGUCGUGUCGUAUGUAUUCGUGCUAGAGCGGGAUGUGUGUAGUAAUAUGGCUGCGGCUGUUUUAUAAUAAUCCUGUCUAAUAUCCGCGCUGGAGGAUGACUAUGAGGAGAUAGUGAUCACCGGACUAGACCGGGGCUGCACUACACUUCCCGUCAUUCUCCGCGCCGUAUGCUUCGGCCUCGUUUUUCGCCUUGCUGACUUGGCGCAUGCGCACGGCACUCACCCCCCCUCCCUCAGCUGCCAGAACAGUGUACCCCCCCCAAUGUAAGAUGGUGGCCGUCUGGUGGUGAAGAUCCCCAGCACAGGAGCAGCCAGGCCCCGCGUAUCUCCACCGCUCUCCCGCAGCCGGUCACACACGGAUCGUACCCGCCGAGCUCCGGACACACUGAGGAGGAGGAGCCGCCCCCAGCGCCCGCCAUUACCGACACGGGGUGAGCGGCCAGGCCGGCAGGAGGCGGUGCGAGGAUUGCCGCAACACAGAUUUUAAUUUCACUUAAAUUAUUCUUCUCCAGCCUGGAAAAUCUAUUUUUUUGGUUUUGUUUUGCUUUCCUUCCACGGUUUUGGGAUCCCAGAAAGAUGUCCCGCAGCCCCGAUGUGAAGGAAGACCCCGUGGAGUGCCCCCUUUGCAUGGAACCUUUGGAAAUUGAUGACAUCAAUUUCUUCCCUUGCACAUGUGGAUAUCAAAUUUGCCGCUUCUGUUGGCACCGUAUACGCACAGACGAGAACGGGCUCUGUCCCGCAUGCAGAAAGCCAUAUCCAGAAGACCCCGCGGUCUACAAACCCCUCUCCCAGGAAGAACUGCAGAGGAUAAAGAAUGAAAAGAAGCAAAAACAGAACGAACGCAAACAGAAAAUAUCAGAAAACCGCAAACACUUGGCCAGUGUACGCGUAGUGCAGAAAAACUUAGUCUUUGUAGUGGGCCUUUCGCAACGCCUCGCAGACCCCGAGGUUUUAAAAAGGCCAGAAUACUUUGGGAAGUUUGGUAAAAUACAUAAAGUCGUCAUCAACAACAGCACAUCCUAUGCAGGCUCACAGGGUCCAAGUGCCAGUGCAUACGUCACAUACAUACGGUCAGAAGAUGCACUUCGAGCUAUACAAUGUGUCAACAAUGUGGUAGUAGAUGGCAGAACGCUAAAGGCGGGUAAACAUCAGGAAUACGAACAGAAGUUGCUUCAGGAACUCUACAAACUAAAUCCUAACUUCUUACAGUUGUCUACGGGUACAGUUGACAAGAACAAAAACAAAGUAACGCCCCUGCAGAGGUACGAUGUACCCAACAGUAAUAACAAAGACGCCUGGCCGUCCUUACAGAGCACGAGCAGAUCCAGCAAUGGUUUAACACUGGAACACAGAAAAUCGCCUCCUAUAUUAGACAAUGGCUUAGAUCCAGACCACUUGACUCCAGACGGGGCAGACUCAGACUUUGGGCUGUUUUGGGAUGCCGCAGAGCAUAGUGUUUCCAAAUUUGGCAGGGUCAUAGAGGACGAUACAAGUUCUGUCGACAAAUCAUCAGAGUCAUUGAGUAUAGGGAACGGCGAUAACUUACAACAGAUAUUACCAAGCGACACACCGUCACCUCCACCGGGUUUAUCAAAACCCAACCCUACUGUCCCCAUCAGUUCAGCCAAUCACAGCGCAAGGUCUCCUUUCGAGGACGCCAUGACAGAAUCACAGUCUCUGUUCUCGGAUAACUUCAGGCACCCCAACCCCAUCCCCAGUGGUCUCCCUACGUUUCCCAGUUCCCCACAGACAUCCAGUGAAUGGCCCACAGCUCCAGAACCUCAAAGUCUCUUCACAUCAGAAACAAUCCCGGUCUCCUCGUCUACGGACUGGCAAGCGGCAUUUGGCUUUGGCUCUUCUAAACAGCAAGAGGACGACCUAGGUUUUGAUCCCUUUGAUAUCACCCGCAAAGCCUUAGCAGACUUGAUCGAGAAAGAACUUUCUGUCCAAGACCAGCCGGCAUUGUCCCCCACGUCUCUUCAGAACCCUUCUCUUCACACUACUGCCAAAGGGCCAGGCUCUGGCUUCCUCCACCCCACCACAGUCGGCAAUGCCAACUCUAUCUCUAGCACCUUUCCCGUCUUGCCGCAGCGGUUCCCACCCUUUCAACACAGAGCGGUUUAUAACUCGUUCAGUUUCCCGGGCCAGGCAGCACGGUAUCCGUGGAUGGCAUUUCCACGCAAUAACAUCAUGCACUUGAACCACACAGCAAACCCGACAUCCAACAGUAAUUUCAUGGACUUGAGUCACCCCUCUCAACACAACACAGGCCUAGGAGGGAUUCCCAUUUCAGACCACAGCAAUUCAGUAGAAAGUAUAAAUAUGAAGGAAUGGCAGGACGGGCUAAGGGCACUUCUGCCCAACAUAAACAUCAACUUUGGUGGGCUGCCCAAUGCUUCUUCCCCUUCAAACUCCACCCACAGUGCACCAACGUCCAACAGUGCCACAACUAACAGCCUGAACUGGGACUGCCCGACCAGCUGGAUGGAUCCCGCCAUAAUCACAGGUAUCCCAUCAUCCACCGGAAAUGGUUUAGAACCUCUGCAAGAUGACAAUCCGCCACACUGGUUAAAAUCACUGCAAGCCCUGACAGAGAUGGACGGCCCCAGCAGCUCUAUACCCCCCCACCACCCCCAUAACAAUCUUUUCAGCACACAGAUACCCCUACACAGAGCAAAUUGGAGCCCAUACCCUCCCCCAACAAACCCCGCCAGUUUUCACUCCCCUCCCCCAGGCUUUCAGACAGCCUUCAGACCCCCAACCAAAAACCCCACAGAUCUACUACAGAGCUCAGCCCUGGACCGUCAUUGAAAAUAUGAAGGGACAGCUUAGAAAAUUUGGGGACUACUUCUUCCCCCACCGCACCCACCCAAUUUCAAAUGUCAGAAUCAAACCCUCAGUGUUUCCUUCUCAUACAAUCCUUCUCCAGAAUCUUGGUUCCGUGGGGGCAGGGAAGCUCCAGAGACCCUCCCCCGUAACACAAUUUACGAAAUCGACAGCCGACGAUCGAUCCGAGAUCUCGCCAUUUGUUGCAGUGCUGAAGUUCAUUUUGAUGGGGUGACUUAGUUUAUUUUACAUCCGAAAAAAUAAAAAGCACCAACAAGUUUCCUGAACCACUAAAGAGAGAGAGAGAGAGAUAUGGAAAUCGAAAAAAAAAAAAAAUCAAAUAUGACUUUAAAAAAAACAUAAUAUGGCAAACUAAGGAGAUCAUUGGUCUGCUGCAUGAGAAUUUUUUUUUUCUAUAAAACAAUAAAAAAAAAUAAAACUAAAUAAAAAAAAAAGAACCUGAUUUAAACAGCUAGUUACGAAUAGCAGAAAAAUAAUCUUUUUAAGAAAUAAAAAAUUAGGGAUGAGAAAUAGAAACCUAACCUGAUCGGGAGGGAGGAAAGCACCAUGAAAAAAUUUAUAUGCCGUAAUUUUUUUUUAUAGAUAUAUAUAUUUUUUUUUUCGUUAUUUCCUUUAUUCAGUAACUCUGUGAUGGAACGUACCAUUUCACGCUUUAUUUUCUUCAGGACCAAAGGGGGGCUGGAAUAUGCAAAAAAAUUACAUUGUUUUUAGAACCCCUCUGGCGUUGAAGGGGUUAAGGCAAAAAAAAUAUAGAUUAAUGAAUUUGGCAACUUUUUGCAAAUUGUUGCCAGUUUUUUGUUUUUUUUUGUGUAUAACUUUAUCGUAACGUUUGCCAUAUAUACUAAUGGUGCUUUCCAAGGCAUGAGCAGCAGGCCAUGACAGAAGAUGGGCUAGUGUUUUUUGAGAUUUUUUUUUUUUUUCUUGCAUAAAAAUCCAUGAAAAUUUUUCAGCUUAACAAUGAGAAAAAAAAAAGAAAAAUUUCAUCCACGACUUUUUUGGAAAAUUCUCUCUUUAUCAGUGCAAACUUGAUGAUUUUCGUUUAUUCUUUGUUCUUUGAAGAUCUGUGAAGGUGUUGGUGUAGUUGCUUCCCGCCGUUGAGUCACUCUUGGUCGUCUCGGAAAAGAAGAAAAACAAAAAAACUCCAGAUAAAAUCCCGUAAGGAUCCGGUCAUUGUGGUUAUAUACAUAUAUGCUGCUUCCCGACCUGUUUCUUUUUUUUUUUCUUUUUUUGCACAAUUGGAAUUGCUGCCGCCUUCUCAAGUCACUACCUGUAUUCUUAAGGAAAUCGAAAAAGGUGGCCAUUUUUUUUUCGUUCUUCAAAAGAAAAUUUUUUCUGACCUGGAGUUUAGCAUACAACAGCUUUCAGUUGUCAUCAAGGAGAAAAAAUGUCUUUCCGAGGUCACUCGCAGGCGUUUCGAUCCAUUUCCUGAAUUUUUUUUUUUUCUGGCAUUUAUUAUCUGCAGUAUUGAAAAACAAAAAACAAGAUUGAGAAGAGAAGUCUAUAAGAGAAGGGGGGGAAAAAAAUAAAAUAAAAUAUGAUAAAUUAAAACAUGGUUAUAACCUGACGCUAAAAACUAAACCAAGAAAAUGUACCUCUGUCUUCAGAAUUAAAACUAAAAUCUUAAAUAAAACAGAAAACUUGAUGAUAAA